AUGGAAUUUGAAGCUCAAGUUUCUUCCAUUUCAAUGGAAGAAUCGAGCUUUGAAAUCCCUAUUGAACUCAUCACUGAAAUACUCUCAAGGCUACCAGUGAAAUCUCUCCUACGAUUCAGGUGUGUAUCAAAAUAUUGGCUUUCUUUAAUCUCUAGCCCUGAAUUUGCUUACACCCAUCUCGGUAUAGCUGCUAAUAGUUAUCCUGUGAAAAAACCCCGUGGAUAUGUUCGUAUUGUGGGUUCUGUUAAUGGGUUAGUUUGUCUUGUUAUUGAGGAAAAGUAUUUCCUUCUCUGGAAUCCAUCAAUUAGGAAGUUCAAGAAGUUGCCUGAUCCAAGAGGUGGAGACUAUAUUAUGUAUGGUUUUGGAUAUGAUGAGUUUCAUGAUGAUUAUAAG